GGUUCAAAAUGACAGACAAAAAACAAAACAAAUUAAUUGUGUUGAUCCACCUCAACAAAGGUCUUGUAAAAGAGUGUAAGCAAAAGAAUGUAAGCUGCUCCUGAGUGUGUCUGCCCACCCCCCAGCUGCAUUGUUGUGCAGGGGAUAUGCAUAAGGUUGCUAACACCUUAGCAAAUUUGCAUGCAGCCUUUUGUGCUGUGGGGGAUAAAUAGGUGACUGCUUCACCUAUUUUGUUCAAAAGAAACAAAAUGCAGAGAAGGCUCACCACUCAACAGGCAUUGGAACUGAUCCUGAGCAACACCAACCCUUGUGACUCAGAUGGAGAAGACAUAGUCCUUCAACCGGAUUCGGACUCUGAGCUGUCUUCAGAUGAGGAGACUCCUCCUCUACCAAAAAAGAGAGCUCGGUUGGCGAGUGAGCCGACAGAGACCGCAAAAGAUGGCACAGUGUGGCGUGAAGUACAAGUGGGGAAACGUCUCCAUUUCACCCCAAUAGAACCGUACCCUACAGAUGGAGAGCCAAGGGCUAAGGCCAGACGAAGUGUCCGGAGUCGCCUUCAGAGCUUCCUCUGUUUUAUCACUCUUGACAUGCUUCGUAGCAUUCAAGAAUGGACUACUCAACAUGCACGUCACACGGAGCAGGUGGAUUGGUUCAUGGAUCUCCCGGAACUAAUGGCAUUUAUUUCAGUCACUGUCUUGCGGGGGGUGACCAAGGUUCCAUCACUACGUGACAGCUGGUCAGCAAACCUGGCAAACCCAAGGAUCAUUGCAACUAUGGCCCGAAACCGCUUCCAAGACAUCAUGCAACACCUACGCUUUGAUGACAUGUUCACACGCAGUGAGUGAGCGGAGACCGAUAAGUUUGCUGCAAUCUCCGAUGUGUGGAGAUUGUUUGUCACCAACUGCAUCACAUCCUACAACCCUGGUCGACACAUCACUAUUGAUGAACAGCUUUUCCCGUCAAAGACUCGCUGCUGUUUUCUGCAAUACAUUGCAACAAAACCAGACAAGUUUGGCAUCAAGUUUUGGGUGGCUUGCGACUUGAAAUCAAAGUACAUCUGUAAUGUCCUCCCAUAUCUUGGCAAGGACCCCAGUCGUCCCAGCGGGGAGAGACUGUCCGAAACUGUAGUGAUGAGGCUGAUGGAACCAUUCAUGGACAAGGGCAGAACUGUAACCACGGACAAUUUCUUUACAUCAUUGUCACUUGCACAACGACUGCUUAGCCGGAAAACCACUAUCCUCGGCACAGUCAACAAGAGUCGCCGGGAAAUUCCUCAAUCCGCUAGACAGAUGGACCGCACUGAAUUCACCACUCAGGUGUUUUCAACCACUGGUGCCACACUGACAGUGUAUGCACCCAAACGAAAGAAGGCCGUCUACAUUCUCAGCAGCAUGCACAGCGUGGUUGAGACUGAGGAUACCAACAAAAGGAAGCCAAACACGGUCACACAAUACAACCACACAAAGUGCGGUGUGGAUGUAAUGGACCAAAUGGUGCGGGAGUACAGCGUGCGUGCAGGAACACGGAGAUGGCCAGUCGCCGUGUUCUACAACAUGAUUGACAUGGCAGCACUGAAUGCGCAUGUUCUUUAUCAGGCAUGCACUGGGGUGCAGGAGAGACAGGUGGACUUCCUGGUUGAGCUUGCAAAAGAGUUAGGUGACUCUCAUGUGAGUGAAAAGAAGGCACGCAAGGAGAAACUCCUUCGGCAACAACCUUCCACACCCAGCCCUGGCAAAAGGGCGAAGUGUCAGGUCAACCAUCGAUGCACGAACAAUUGUGCAACUGAGAGAUGUGUUGACUGCUACAAAUACACGUGUGGCAAAUGUACCAGGGACAUACCCAGGCAGUGCCAGGUAUGUUCCGACAGUGCAGACAGACUGCUGAGUGAGUGCUGAAAUGCUAGUCACACAAGAAGGACAUGCCACUCACACACACACACGCAGCCCCCCACUGCAGCCUAUUGUAAAUAUGUGUGGAAUUGUUUUAUUCCUUGUAUUUUUUUUAUUAUUUUUAUAACAAAAAUAAAAAGCAUGGAAAC